AUGGAUGUGCAAAGAGAUGCUGUGCACCCUGAGCCUGUGGGAAUCUUGGGCAGUUAUGAGUAUGAGACCAUGCUGACUGAAUUUAUUCUACUGGGCCUCACAAGUCAACCUGAACUUCAGGUGGUGAUGUUCAUGUUUCUGUUUAUCACCUACAUGCUCAGUGUCCUAGGAAAUCUAACUAUCAUCAUCCUCACCUUACUGAAUUCUCAGCUGCAAACCCCCAUGUAUUUCUUCCUCCGGAAUUUCUCCUUCUUAGAAAUUUCCUUCACAUCCAUUUUUAUUCCCAGAUUUCUGACCAGCAUGACAACAGGAAAUAAGGCCAUCAGCUUUGCAGGCUGCUUCACUCAGUAUUUUUUUGCUAUAUUUCUUGGGGCAACAGAGUUUUACCUCCUGGCUUCCAUGUCCUAUGAUCGCUAUGUGGCCAUCUGCAAACCCCUGCAUUACCUGACCAUUAUGAGCAGCAGAGUCUGCACACAGCUUGUGCUCUGCUCCUUGCUGGGGGGACUCCUUGCUAUUGUACCGCCAAUCACCUUGAUGAGUCAGGUAGAUUUCUGUGCCUCCAAUGUUCUGAAUCAUUAUUUCUGUGACUAUGGGCCCCUCCUGGAGCUGGCCUGCUCAGACACAAGCCUCUUAGAAAGGAUAGUUAUGCUUGUGGCUGUGGUGACUCUAGUGAUUACUUUGGUUCUGGUGACAGUUUCUUACACAUACAUCAUCAGGACUAUUCUGAGGAUCCCCUCUGCCCAGCAAAGAACAAAGGCCUUUUCCACUUGCUCUUCCCACAUGAUUGUCAUCUCCCUGUCUUAUGGCAGCUGCAUGUUUAUGUACAUUAAUCCCUCUAUAAAAGAAAGAGGUGCUUUCAACAAAGGAAUAGCUGUGCUGCUGUUCAGCAUCUCAACUGGGAUCAAGACUAUCAGCUUUGCUGGCUGUUUCACUCAGUUCUUCUUUGCUUUUUUCUUUGGGGCCACUGAGUUUUGUCUUCUGACUGCCAUGUCCUAUGACCGCUAUGUGGCCAUCUGCAAACCUCUGCAUUAUACCACCAUCAUGAACAGCAAGACAGAUGUCCAAACAUUUUACCGGAAAUACCAGACACUUCCCAAAAGAUGGCAAAGUAGAAGAAACCUGUGCAGCUCAGAAUUAAAGCAGCAGGAAUACUACUUUUCAGCAAGCAAAAUUCUGCUGAAAGGAGACCUGCUGGGAAUUUGUAAGUUUAUUAGAGGUGACAGUUUGUCCCAGACGAGUGAAUCUCGGCCAUGCGGCGCAGAGGUCCAGUCCUGCCGGCCGCCGCCGAACGGCCGCUGCCUGCCCAUUGCAGAGAACGUUCGAAUGGCAGCCGCCUGCCCGGCUCUGCAAAUGACCCACGGCGGCCGGACGUGGCAAAGGGCCCCCUGCCGGGCUCUGCGAAUGGCCCCACCCACACAGCAAACGGCCCCCACCCGCCCGGCUCAGGAGGCUACGUGA